GGGCUCCGCGGGGCUAAGGGGCCUCGGGAGCCCUGGGGGGGUCGCUGCCACCGCCGCCUCGGGGAGCCCCGCGUGGCGGACACUGCAGCAGUCACCUUCCUGAGACGCCCCGAACCUGCUCCGCCCGCAGCUCGGUGCGCUCUGGGUACCCGGGCGCCUUGCCCGGUGCACGGCGGCUGGCGCAUCGCGGCGAGGUCGGCUGCGGGAAGCCGGGUGCAGGACUGGCUAGAAGGGUGUGUGUGCGCGUGUUGGACUGGAGAUCCGGGCAGAAGCUGAAGCAGGCGGACCUGAGCAGCCAUGCUUCCCGGGGUGGGCGUGUUCGGCACCAGCCUCACGGCCCGUGUCAUCAUCCCGCUGCUGAAAGACGAGGGCUUCGCGGUGAAGGCGCUGUGGGGCCGCACGCAGGAAGAAGCGGAGGAGCUGGCCAAGGAGAUGAGCGUCCCCUUCUACACUAGCCGCAUCGACGAGGUGCUGCUGCACCAGGACGUGGACUUGGUGUGCAUCAACCUGCCGCCGCCCCUCACCAGGCAGAUCGCUGUCAAAACCCUGGGCAUCGGCAAGAACGUCAUCUGCGACCGCACGGCCACACCGCUGGACGCCUUCCGCAUGAUGUCUGCCGCCCACUACUACCCCAAGCUCAUGAGCAUCAUGGGCAACGUGCUGCGCUUCCUGCCGGCCUUCGUGCGCAUGAAGCAGCUGAUCGAAGAGGGUUACGUGGGCGAGCUGCUGGUGUGCGAGGUGCAGGUGCACGGCGGCAGCCUGCUGGGCAAGAAGUACAACUGGAGCUGCGACGACCUGAUGGGCGGCGGCGGCCUGCACUCGGUGGGCACCUACAUCAUCGACCUGCUCACCUUCCUCACCGGCCAGAAGGCCGUCAAGGUGCACGGGCUGCUCAAGACCUUCGUCAAGCAGACGGACCACAUCAAGGGCAUCCGCCAGAUCACCAGCGACGACUUCUGCACCUUCCAGAUGGUGCUGGAGGCCGGGGUGUGCUGCACCGUCACUCUCAACUUCAACGUGCCCGGCGAGUUCAAGCAGGACGUGACCGUGGUGGGCUCGGCCGGGCGCCUGCUGGCCAUGGGCACCGACCUGUUCGGGCAGCGCAACGGCGCCCCGGAGCAGGAGCUGCUGCUGCAGGACGCCACGCCCGUGAGCAACUCCCUGCUGCCCGAGAAGGCCUUCAGCGACAUCCCCUCGCCCUACCUGCGGGGCACCAUCAAGAUGAUGCAGGCCGUGCGCCAGGCCUUCCAGGACCAGGACGACCGGCGCACGUGGGACGGGCGGCCCCUCACCAUGGCCGCCACCUUUGACGACUGCCUGUACGCCCUGUGCGUGGUGGACACCAUCAAGAGGUCCAGCCAGACGGGCGAGUGGCAGAACAUCGCCGUCAUGACUGAAGAGCCCGAGCUGAGCCCCGCCUACCUGAUCAGCGAGGCCAUGCGCCGGAGCAGGAUGUCCCUCUACUGUUAGCACGGACUGGGGACCUGGAGCACCUGGCACUUGUGCAUGGGGCCCGGAGAGGAGGAAGGGCCUAAGGGAUAGGGGGGCCACGGGGACCGUGGGGGCGGGGGAGGUGGAGGGCAGUGUGAGUACAUGGCAUCUGGGAAGGUGAACCCGGGCCCAGUGAGGGACCCCAAAGCAGACUGUUGUUGGGCUGGGCCCCUAUCCUGGCAGUAUUCAGGAGGGCCUGCUGGGUAUUUGCAUGGGAGAAAGGAGGUUUAGCUGUCUCUACUGCCCUUAUUGUGAGGAGCAAGGAGGGGUUCCUUCCCUUUUAUCUCAUCCACCCCAGCACCUGGCCUUCUUUGCAAGCCAAAUGGUCCUGCAAGGUCAAGGCACUGUAUCAGAUGGCAAGCUCAGUGGCAGGGGAAGGCACGUCUUUAUGUGUCUACAAAAGCCUGUUAGCCUGGGGAGAGGUGGGAUGGGGGUGGAGCCUGUGGGAUGGGUGGGGGUGGGCUGGUGAGGAAGUUCAAAUUCCAGAAAGCCACUUUUUAUUCUGCUUAAAGUGUCUGGGGGUGGGGGGGGGAGUACUUAGUAGCAAAGUGCACAGCUCUGUUGAUAGGUUGGUUUUUCUAAUUGGUUCAUCACCCUUCACCUGGAGGGCUAAGGGAGGGUCGGGAAUAGCCAACAGAGAGCAGGGUUCCCUUAAGCCACAAGGAGAGAGCACAUGCUGCAUGGAAACAGGUGAGGCAGAGCAGAAAAUAUCCCUUUGAACUUGUCAACAAUUAUAAAACUGCAAGCAGCCACCUUGUAACUGUUUCCAGUAAGGGUGGAAUUGAGUGUAAGAGGGAUUUGUUAGUGAAGUGUUGAGGUGGUCCUGCCACGUGGCUCUCUGGGCAGUGACAGAAAGCAGCAGGCGGUGUAGGUCUGACCACAAACUCACAUGCUGCCCUCAAGGACUGGGGCAGCUGGGGGCCUCCAUGUCACAGUGUGAAUUCCCAAAUGGGAGGUAAAGUGAGCCUAGCUCUGGAGUUGUUUUGAGCUCUCACACCCAUCUCUCCUACCAAGCCGGGAAAGAGCUUUUUAGCAGAUUCACCCAGCUUUGUGGAUUUAAAAGAGAAAGCUUCAGUCCUACUCAGAAUCCUCUUUCCUUAAAAAAGAGUCAUGACUCUUUUCCUUAGCUUUGACUUUUGCUUUCAGGAUUCCGACACCUGAAAAGAAACUGAAUAGGCAUUAAAUGAAACAAAACAAAAGGAACAUUAUUUUCAGUGAUUCUAAAAUGGGGGGUUAGAGCCCUCUGAGAGGAUACUUGGUGUUGAGAUGCCUACUGUUGGAAAAAGCAUAUAUUCUUUUUCUUGGUUUCCUGUCUCUCUUGUCUUCUCACCCGCUACUUUCAGUACAGACUGUGAACUGCAGGCUCGGAGCUGGCAGUGCCAAAAGGGAAUGACUGGAGCCAGUUUCUCUCUCUCUCUCUCUCUCUCUCUCUUUCACGCACACAUGCACACACGCACACACACAUGCUUUUGUAAAUGCUUGCUAUCACCAAAUGUCACUAAAUUAUUUCUUAAAAAUUCAGAUCUGGGGCCGGCUCUGUGGCGCACUGCUACAGUGCGCCGCUU